AUGCUGUGGCUUGCCUACGCAGCGUGCGCCGGAGCCGGCCGUUCCGCCGCUCGACGAGGAGAGUUCGCUGGUAUCGGAGCCAACGGCCGCCGUUUCUACUCGCCGCCCCUGCCGCAAGAAGCAGAGGAUGGGAUCGUCGGAUUGGAGGCCGUCGCUGGGGUCGAUUUCGGAGGACGUCACGUCGCUGCCGACGGAGAGUCCCCGGAAAGGCUCGGCGGCGUCCACCGCGAGGGACGCCAAGAAAAGGAGCUCCCCCAAGGUUCGCUACCGCAGUUACAACGACGGUUACGGGUCAGGAGCUUCGAUGCCGACGAUGAUACCAACAUUUUCUCCGACGCCAUUUAUGUUCUAAAGUGUAGGGUUGAAUUUAUAACCGCAAAUGUGUAUAUAAUUAUUAUACUUGCGAGCUAA